AUGUCGAAUUUUCAUCCAGUUAAUCCCAAACCAUUCAUAAAAUCACUAAUUGGAAAGCAAGUGUUGGUGCGCCUCAAAUGGAACAAGACAGAGUAUAAGGGACAAUUAGCGUCCACAGAUAAUUAUCUUAAUUUUCAACUAGACGAUACUUAUGAAAUACUGUACGAGAAUAACAAGGCACCUGGUGCGAUGAAGAAACAAGAGGAACUUAUUGGAAAUAUAUUUAUAAGAUGUAAUAAUGUCUUGUUUGUACGAGAGUGGAAGGAAGAGGAAGCAGAAGCAGAUACAGAAAUACAAGCGGAAACAAAAGUCAAGGACAAUGAGAUGGAUGUGGAGAUGACCGAAAAUGGAGACAAAAAGGAAGAAACAAAUGAUUUAUCGAAAUCGACAUCGUCAACUUCAAAUUCAAGGGCAACCUCGAAGUUGACGAAAGAUGACAAUACAGCUCUGACCUCAAAAGAAAAUGGUAGAAAGGAGGAUGAGGAGGAGGAGGAGAAAAGUACAGUCACUACUAAGUCAACCAUAGAAGUGCUGAAACAACAAGGCGACUCAACAUUAAGUGUUGAAAGUGAAAAUGUGCAGGUACAGGAGGUUGAGAUGAAAGACCUGUGA